CUCUGCCGUAGUCCAUAGCAUAAACUUGUCGUGGACAUACUGUUAUGAACAAAAUGUAUUAUUCAUUUCUUUAUUCUGCGUUCGUAACAGGGAUUAAGGUGGAUCUUGGCAGAACUACAGCUUGGAUAUUUGUAGUUUCUGCAAGGAUUUUUUGUAGAUAGCUGUACAUGGUAAGGACAACAAAGUUUGACAAGUAGCUUCAAAAGGGACAUUAUCUUUUUCUGCAAAGUUGUUACCCAUUGAUCCUAUUUCUUUAUCAUUUUCUGCAAAGUUAUUACUCAUUGAUCCUAUUUCUUUGCGCCAUCUUGAUUUUUUCUUGAUAACCAUGAUCCUUUUUCGUACCUUUCAGUUAUUUCAAAUGACAGGACAACAACUCGCAGUUCCUCAGAUUCUCAGUUUCCAAAUGCAAAUUUUGCCUCUAUACUGCAUGCAUCAGUGCAGUUCAACCCAGACUCAGGCCGUUACCAUAAGCUCAUCCCUAGCAUUAAAACUGGUUUCGUUUUUUAUGGCUCACACAAUACUACAGAAGGUAUAACAGCAUUCUUUAUUGAAGACUGGCUGUUGUAUCCUCAGUUCAGUAACACGGGGCAAGCAAAGUAGUUUGCCUUAGUAUGACUUUUUCCACUCACUUUGUCAUUGUGAAGCUGCUCCAUUGAUCGGUUAUAAAUUAUAACUGUAGUAGCAAAUAUAUAAAAAAAUAAAAUGCUCCAAGUGACAUUGAUAUGUCGACAAUAUAUCGUGUAGAAUUGCAAUCAGCAUCUUACGUGCACGCUAGUGUAGUCGCAUAUUUUUAAACACUAUUAUGUGGAUAAAAAAAACUGCUUGCGUCAUAAAUAUGCAUCUCCCAGGAAGUGUUCAGUGUAAAUAUUUUGGUGCACUCAGCCUUUAUGUUAGACAUAUAGAAUCAGGAUAUUAUUUAAAUUUUAUGUUAAACUUAUGACUUUGUCAGUUUAGAACUUAACCUUUACCAAGAAUAUUUGCCAGCCUAUUUUUAGUGAACCACAAGAACAAGAUCAUUUUUACUCCAGUCAUCUUUGUUUAAUGUGUGUCAAUGAAUAUGUCUUGAAAUUAAGGCUCAAUGCAAUAUUUUAAUUGUACAUUUUCAUGAUGAAAACACCCACCAGCCUUCGGUACAUACUACGGCAAUGAGGAAGAUGGUAUGGAGCAAAUUGACCCUGAUGCCCUGACUCAGCUUGAGGAAGAGUAUGGGAAAUUCAUGAACACAAACUCCCACUCACUGCUGAAGAAACACUUAACGCAGGAGGUUUUUGACAAAGUCAAGCAUCGUGUGACAGCUGAGGGUGCCACGCUUCAUGACUGUAUUAGAUCUGGGCUUGCGAACCCAGACUCCAAUAUUGGCUUGUACGCGGCAGACACAGAGUCGUACAUUCUCUUCCAGGAACUUUUUGAUCCGGUGAUUGAUGAAUAUCAUGGAGGGUUUGGUCCAAGUGAAACUCAUCCAAAAAGUGAUUUUGGUGACCCCAGUGAUCUUGGUGAUUUGAAUGAGUUGGGAGAUUAUGUUUUAUCAACUAGAGUUCGCUGUGCUCGAUCCAUCGAAGGUUAUCCUUUUAACCCUCUUCUUACGAGUGAUCAGUAUACAGAACUCGAACAGGAUGUGGAAUAUGCCUUAGAAAACCUCGAGGGUGAUUUAGGUGGAAAGUAUCGUUCCCUGAGUGAAAUCAGUUCUGAGGAGCAAGAAGAACUGUUACAAAGACACUUGCUCUUCAAACAAGGAGACAGAUUUCUAGAAGCAGCCGGAGCUAGUCGAUUUUGGCCAGAGGGAAGAGGUAUAUUCUUAAAUAACGACAAUACUUUAGUAGUAUGGGUGAAUGAAGAAGAUCAUAUGCGAAUAAUAUCAAUGCAAUACGGUGGUCAUAUUGGCGAAGUGUACGACAGAUUUGUACGUGCAGUGACGAUCCUUUCUGACAACCUUCCGAUGAGCUCCUCAGAACGUCUGGGUUUCUUGAGCUUUUGUCCCACAAAUCUUGGCACAUCCAUUAGAGCCUCAGUCCAUAUUCACCUGCCUUUGUUGGGGAGAGACAGAAAAACUCUUGAAGACACAGCAGCCAAAUUUAAUCUCCAAGUGCGAGGCACAUCUGGGGAGCAUUCAGAGGCUGAGGAUUAUGUAUUUGACAUCUCCAACCGUCGUCGUUUGGGAAUAACAGAGAUUGAAGCCCUUAAGGAAAUGUGUAAUGGGAUAAAGGAAAUUAUUCAGUUAGAAAGUAGAAUGGAGGAAGGCAGCAGCCAAAGUCGUAAGCAAUCUCAUUAGUUAAAUUUUGCAACAAAUUGAGCAAUCUCAUUAGUUAAAUUGUGCCACACAUUACACACAUAAAGCUUCACCUUGCCAAGUGGAACAAGUGAAAUAUAGCAGCACAGUUUCCGUGCACUGAUGAAGUGUCUGGAGAAUUUGGAAACGUGACCUCUUGUUGCCUGUCAAUAUAUUCACAGCUUGAUGUUCCUCAUGAGUAGAAUCUUUUGUAAAAUAGUUUCGUCUAAAAAUGCAGUAGCAUUGCAGCACAUAGUCAUUUACACAAAAUAUAGCCUAAAUAUCAGACAUAAAAUUAAAGAUUGCAAGAGGCUUAAAUAUAGAUGCCUAAAUAAUGCAUGCUGAAACUCACCUGGGGCAAGUGGUGCCCAGAAAACUGUAGAAGGAGCUGAAAUGGUUAUAAAGAGCAAUAUCGUACUCAUGUCACGGUGUAGUUCAAUUACAUGGUUCACUAAUGAUCACUGUUUCGUUAACCCCUACCUAAUGACAGUGAAUCUCCUUUUAGGAAAUGCACUUGCAGAAAAGAAACUAAACUUGCAAUUUUCAUUUAAGUGAAACACAUAAUGUAGUAAUGUAUGUUAAAACUAAACCUUAACCAUCAUGCCUAAUUCUGCCCCACAGUCCAUGUCAUUCAGGAAAUUAAUAACUAAGCCACAAUAUUGUAAAUCCAUCUUUCAGGCCACGUUAUUUUUGCGCGUUGAACCAGAUGCAUCAGUGAAGGUAUUUUUUUUAUCUACCCUUGUUUUACAGACUUAGAAAAGUUUUCUUGGUUUCAUGAAUUUUGUUUAUUCUUGGUGAUUUAGAAUUAAUGUUGUUACCAACCAUGACAGUUAUUGUGAAUUCAUAUACAGAAUAUAUGCAUCAUUUCGAAGUUAAAAGUCAACUAUUGUUUUUAUUUUAAGCAAAAUUGUAUUUUGAUUACAUUUCUACAUAUAAUCAGCACGCUGUAGAUAGAUAAAUAUUCAGGGAGACUAUACUAAAAUGGGCUAUCAAAAUUUACUGGGUAACCCUAGCCCCACCAUGCAGUUCGGAGAACUUUUGAUUGAUCAAAAGAAUGUUGAUAAAAAUUUCUUACAUUUAUACACUUCACGCUGCGUAUCCUUUUUCAUCCAAGUUUGACUAAAAGGCAGAAAUUCAUCCAGGAUGUUGCAUGACGUCUAAAUGAUUACAAGGCUUUACUUGUGUUACAUCUGUCAGGUGUUCGGGUCGACUCUUCACGUCGCACUAUAGCUCUCGUACCCGUCAGAUUCUAGUUUUUUAUUGCACCAGUUCUUGUUUCCUUCUGUUGUCAGGAGAUUAGUGUGCACUAAAUCAGGAUCGUCUAUGUAGGAAACCCACGACUUAAGUAUCUAAUUUCCUUCCAUAGCACGACAGCUUAAGUACCCUCCAAUUAAACAGAACGUUAUGAAUCAUGAUUGCUUAUG